AUGGCCAGGUGCUUGCACAUCACAAGCCUUGCUCAACGAGCCCUCCAAAACAGGAGCACCGCGAAACACCACGUGGUUUUACGGCGAUGGCUUCAGCAGCGUGUCCUCCACCAACAAGGGCAAUCACAACCAUCCCACACGUCGAGAUGGUCAAAAUGGCAGCAAGGAACUCGGCAACGGCUCAGCACAACUCGACAGCAGAGGCAGCACGGCACCGACAAGCACGGCACACAUCCAUCAUCCUCAGGUGCCUCGUCACCGUCGUCCUCAGCGGCACCAGGCGAAGCAGCAGGCGGCCAGACCGUCACCCAAGCAGCUUCCGCACGCGUGACGGAGGCCGCAAGGCACACGUACAUGCGGUACCGCAGCCUGGAGGAGCAGUUGCGAUGGCAUGGCAUCAACAUGCUCGCGGUGCUGAUAGCCAUUGUGAUUGGCAGCGCCAUUGUUGCUGUUGUGCUGUACUUCAACCGUGAGCCGCUGCGAGAGAACCUGUCCUCGGAGAUCUCCAGCGCAGCGAAGCGCUCGCUCUCCAACGAAGAGGUUGUGGCGAAAGCCAACGAAGUGACGCGUGACAUGGUGUACACGGUCCUCACGGACCCUCAGACGGUUCAGUACGCCAGCCAGUUCCUCUCGGAGCUCUUUGCUAAACCCGAGACGCGGGCUGCCACAGCCAAGCUCCUCGUUCAGGUGAUGAAGGACGAGGAGUGCCUGGGGCAAACGCAGCUGUUUUUCCGCCGCGUGGUGGACUGGCUCUCCAAGGACAAGCAAACGCAGGAGAGCCUGACGAAGCUGAUUUUGUACAUCCUGGCCCGUGACGACACGCGCCGCGCUGUUGCCCGCAUGCUGCAGAGCGUGCUGCAGGAUUCUGCCACGCGCAAGCAGGCCGGCGAGCUUACCGUGUCCGUGCUGCAGAUGGACAACGUGAAGCACCAAACUGGGGUGCUGGCCACAGAUGCCUCGCACCGUGUGCUGGACAACGACAGCGUGCGCGAGCACACGGUGCAGUUCUUCAAGGACACCUUUGCCAACCAGAGCCUGCAGCAGGAGGCUGGCUCGGCCAUCUGGGGUGCUGUCAAGUACAGCAUGACUCCCUCCAUCCUCGGCUAUGUGCUCUUCCCGCAGCCAAAGGUGUCCCUGCCAGCGGACGAGCAGCCAUCUCCAGCGACCAAGGGCCGACUGAUGCAACAACGACAACGACAGGAACAGCAGCAGCAGCAGGAGGAGUAG